CCCUCCCCCUCCCCCUCCGUCUCGACGCCCGCCUCCCUCCAACCCCCCUCAGAGGAUAGCUACCUCCGCGAUCCCCACCGCUUGAUCGCGUACAUCGUCCCCUUCCCGGCGCCGGCCGACGGCCCGCCCCCGCCCACCCGCUUUCUGGUGUAUACACCCCCGCCGCCCCCGCUCCUCGCCGUCGCGGACGGCAAGGAGAGCAAGGCGCACAAGGUCCAGCGCAAGUGGCAGGAGGAGGUGCGCGCCGCCCACGAGAGUAACCACAAAGUGCUGAGUUGGGGCGGUAUCCGCGCCAAGGUUACGCGCGGCGUGGACUGGGCUGUGGGGCAGGUCACGACGGCGGACCUCGACUUUCUCGUGCGCGUGCCCAAGGACGGGGAGGUGCACCAUGUGCGCGGGCGGGCGGCGAGCUCGGUGGAGGCGGGUAGAGGCGCGGCGAAGGAGGCCGUGGUCCCGGCGGCUGAAGCCGGCGUGAAUGUCCAGGCGAGCGCGAGCCCGCCUGACGACACGGCGGAAUGUACGACGGCGGCAACGCCGGAAACUGCCACUGCGCACACAACAGAAGCCGAGGCAGCGCAGGACCGCCAGGGCGAAGCAGACGUGGCGCCCCCUGUCUACACUCCAGUCGACGAACCCGGCCCCGAAUCCGCCUCAGGCUGUAGGCAACCCACCCCCCCAGCCCUCCCAGCCCGCCGCUCAGGCGACGCAGCUCGCCCCCCUCCCCGCCGGCAAGACACGCUCACCAUACCGCUCCCGCACGACGAAGACCCCGCGGCGCCCGAGUCGGCCGCCCCGACCCAAGCUACGGUCAAGCUCAACGAAAUGGUGCUCAUCUACCCGCCCUCUCUCGGCCUGACGGAAGAAGAGCUCAAGACCGAGUUCGUCAACAGCCUGCUGCGGACCAAGUCCAAGGCGCAACGCGACACGGUCAUCGCGACCGGCCUGCUGCCCAUCACCUUCGCGAUCGACUGGGCGCUCAUGUUCGUGGGCUGGGUGUUUGGUGGCGCGCUCGAAGUCGACGCGGUGUGGCUCGCCUCGUCCUUCCGCGGCGCCAAAACCGCGCGGUCCGUCACCAAACGCCUCACGAGCUCAGACGCCGACCUCAAGCUGACGUUCAAGCCGAGCCACCGCGCGGAUCUGCUGCAAGCGUAUCUGCAGCAGCGGUGCGCGGAGGCCGACCCCCGCUUCCCAAGCGUCAAGAUGGCGCCGAGCAGUUACGACGUGCUCGACUCGAUCGGGUGGGAGGCCGCGGGCAAGUAUGACGCGCACAAUUGGGAGGAUGAGAGAUGGGAGCGGCGGCAGGUCGAGACGGACCUCGCGACGACGAUGGGCAAGGCCGCGGGCGCAUGGAGAAAGUGGUGCGACCGGUACGAGAAGAACCCGGAGAAAGCGAUGAAGCGGUAACUGUCCCGCGAGACUCAGCGACACGUUCAUGAUGCACGAAAAAGCCACGAUCAAUAGAUGUAGAUGUGAUGGAUGACAUGCAUUUCAGCCUCGGCCAUGACGUCGCAGACGCGACGGAGGGAAUCGACAUGCA